UUCUCGGGAGAGGAAUCGGUUAGGCGAAGGGGAUUCCUCGUUCAGCUGUGCGCUCUGUUUUCGUGCGCUUCCUCGUCCUUCAUGCUGGAUGGCCAGUUUUUCCUUUGUGCGUCAUCCUCUACCUGAGAAAUGGUCGCUUGCCCCUAGUCUAGACACGCAUUAAAGGGCAGUAUUUAAAGUCAGUUUGCAAGCAGUGGAAUAAGAUUUUUGUGAAGAAACCUUGUGCAGCAUGGAUUCUCUACCAGACGAAUUUUUUGUGAGGCAUCCUGCUGUGGAGGAUCAGAGGAAGGAAGAAACUGAGAAUAAGCAAGAAAAAUCAUCUGGUCAACUGGACAAAAAGGAAAAGGACAUAGCUACUGAUCUUGUUCCUAUUAACCUACUAUUAGAAGUGAAGAAGUUAUUAAAUGCAGUUAAUACUCUACCAAAAGGUGUGGUUCCUCACAUUAAGAAGUUCUUACAAGAAGAUUUUUCCUUCCAAACUAUGCAGAGAGAAGUUGCAGCUAACAGCCAGAAUGGUGAGGAAAUUGUUCCUGCUUUGACUUUACGUUUCUUGAUUAUGCAACUAGAAGCAGCACUUAGGAACAUUCAAGCUGCCAAUUAUACUGCACAGCAGAUUAAUAUUGGUUAUUAUUUGACAUUACUGUUUUUGUAUGGAGUAGCACUCACUGAAAGAGGAAAGAAAGAGGAUUAUACAGAAGCUGAGAAUAAAUUUCUGGUGAUGAAGAUGUUGAUCCAAGAAAAUGAAAUUUGUGAAAACUUUAUGUGUUUAGUUUAUUUUGGACGUGGUUUACUACGAUGUGCUCAAAAGAGAUAUAAUGGAGGACUGCUAGAAUUUCAUAAAAGCUUACAAGAAAUUGGAGAUAAAAAUGAUCAUUGGUUUGACAUAGAUCCUACAGAAGAUGAAGAUUUACCUACAACUUUUAAAGAUCAUCUUAAUAAUUUUAUCAAGACAACUGAAAGUAAUAUAAUGAAGCAGACGAUUUGUAGUUACCUAGAUUGUGAACGAUCUUGUGAAGCUGACAUUUUGAAGAACACCAGUUACAAGGGAUUUUUUCAGUUAAUGUGCAGUAAAAGUUGCUGUGUUUAUUUCCAUAAAAUUUGCUGGAAAAAGUUCAAGAAUUUAAAGUAUCCAGGUGAAAAUGAUCAGAGUUUUAGUGGGAAAAAAUGCUUGAAGGAAGGAUGUACAGGUGACAUGGUAAGGAUGCUGCAGUGUGAUGUACCUGGAAUUGUUAAAAUUUUGUUUGAAGUUGUGAGAAAGGAUGAAUAUAUAACCAUUGAAAAUUUAGGAGCAAGUUAUAAAAAGUUGAUAUCUCUGAAAAUAACUGAUACUGAUAUAAGACCGAAGAUCAGUUUAAAAUUUAAUACAAAAGAUGAAAUGCCUAUCUUCAAGCUUGAUUAUAAUUAUUUCUAUCAUCUGCUUCAUAUAAUUAUUAUUUCUGGUACUGACAUUGUUCGGCAAAUAUUUGAUGAGGCUAUGCCACCCCCUCUUUUGAAAAAAGAGCUUCUUAUACACAAGAAUGUGCUGGAAUCCUACUAUAACCAUCUUUGGACCAAUCAUCCUUUGGGUGGAUCAUGGCAUCUGCUUUAUCCUCCAAACAAGGAGUUACCACAAUCCAAACAGUUUGACUUAUGCCUCCUGUUAGCUCUUAUAAAACAUUUGAAUGUGUUCCCUGCACCCAAAAAAGGAUGGAAUAUGGAACCGCCAUCUUCUGACAUCUCUAAAUCUGCAGACAUCCUGCGACUGUGCAAAUACAGAGAUAACCUCCUUAGUGAGAUUUUGAUGAAUGGUCUCACUGAGUCACAGUUCAGUUCAAUUUGGAAAAAAGUUUCAGAUAUUCUUCUGCGCCUUGGGAUGAAGCAAGAGGAUAUUGACAAGGUGAAGGAGAAUCCCAUUGAGAAUAUCUCCCUUGAUUACCAUCAGCUAUCCAUCUACCUAGGCAUACCAGUACCAGAAAUCAUACAGAGGAUGUUAUCCUGCUAUCAGCAAGGAAUUGCUCUACAGUCAAUAACGGGCAGUCAGCGUAUUGAAAUAGAAGAGUUACAGAAUGAGGAAGAAGAACUAAGUCCACCUCUCAUGGAGUACAAUAUAAAUGUGAAAUCAAACCCUGAAAUACAGUUUGCAGAACUUAAUAAAGAUGGGGCCUCAAUACCCAGUGAAUCUUCAACAGAAUCUCUUAAAGAUCUCCAGGAAGUUAAGAGUAAACAAAGGAAAAAGAAAAAGACUAAGAAUAAAAAGAAUAAAGACUCAAAAGAAGACCAAGUCUCAUAUAUGGUAGAAAAGGAAGAGCAGUUGAAGAAAGAACAAGCAAAUCCACACUCAGUCAGUAGACCUAUAAAAGAUGAUGCAAGUGAUGUUCAAGAGGAUUCUGCAAUGGAAGACAAGUUCUAUAGCCUGGAUGAAUUGCAUAUUCUGGACAUGAUAGAGCAGGGCUCAGCUGGCAAAGUCACUACAGACUAUGGAGAAACUGAAAAGGAAAGGCUUGCUCGUCAAAGGCAGCUUUAUAAAUUGCACUAUCAGUGUGAAGAUUUCAAAAGACAGUUGAGAACAGUGACUUUUCGGUGGCAAGAAAACCAAAUGCAGAUGAAAAAGAAAGACAAAAUUAUCGCGUCUCUUAAUCAACAAGUGGCUUUUGGAAUCAAUAAGGUUUCCAAAUUACAGCGUCAAAUCCAUGCUAAAGAUAAUGAAAUCAAGAACCUUAAAGAGCAACUUUCUAUGAAAAGAUCUCAGUGGGAAGUGGAAAAACAUAAUCUGGAAAGCACAAUGAAAACAUACAUAAGCAAACUGAAUGCAGAAACUAGCAGAGCUUUAACAGCGGAGGUGUAUUUCUUACAGUGUCGUAGGGAUUUUGGUUUGCUUCAUCUAGAGCAGACUGAAAAGGAAUGUCUCAAUCAGCUUGCCAGGGUGACUCACAUGGCAGCAAGUAACCUAGAAUCACUUCAACUAAAAGCUGCGGUAGACAGUUGGAAUGCCAUUGUGGCAGAUGUUAGAAACAAGAUUGCAUUCCUCAGGACACAGUACAAUGAACAAAUAAACAAAGUAAAGCAAGGAUUUGCCUUGAGUACCUUGCCUCCAGUCCAGCUUCCUCCUCCACCACCCAGUCCUGAGAUAUUGAUGCAGCAGUUCUUAGGAAGACCCCUUGUGAAAGAAUCUUUCUUUAGACCCAUACUUACUGUUCCUCAAAUGCCUGCAGUUUGUCCGGGAGUCGUCUCUGCAACUGGCCAACCUAGAGCCCCCCUGAUGACUGGCAUAGCCUGGGCGCUGCCAGCGCCUGUGGGAGACGCUGUGCCUCCCAGUGCAGGUCUGGCGAGUGAUCCCUCCAUGAUGAAUUGGGAGAGAAUUACAGACAGGCUGAAAACUGCCUUUCCACAACAAACCAGAAAGGAGCUUACAGAUUUCUUACGGAAACUGAAGGAUGCUCAUGGAAAGUCCUUGUCUGGACUGACAUUUGAUGAAAUUGUUUGCAAGAUCUCCCAGUUUAUUGACCCCAAAAAGUCUCAGAGUCAAGGAAAAUCAGUGUCAAAUGUUAAUUGUGUCUCACCUAGUCAUUCUCCAUCACAGCCGAAUGCUGCCCAGCCCCCAAAACCAGCAUGGAGGCCCCUCACUUCACAAGGUCCUGCCACAUGGGAAGGAGCCAGUAAUCCAGAUGAGGAAGAGGAAGAAGAAGAGCCUUGUGUGAUCUGUCAUGAGAAUCUGUCUCCAGAAAAUCUUUCAGUUUUGCCUUGUGCUCACAAAUUCCAUGCUCAGUGCAUUAGACCAUGGUUGAUGCAACAGGGGACAUGUCCUACCUGCAGACUCCACGUUUUGCUACCAGAAGAAUACCCCGGUAACCCCAGUCGGCAGUUGCCCAAGAUCUGAUACAAGGUCAGGGGUGUCUAUGCAAAGGAAGCUCGGUUUUCUUUUAUUAUGAGCUGCUUGUGUGAGUGGUGUAAAGCUGUGUGCUCUUCAAUAUAGUACUAAAGAAGCCAGCUAAUUUUAUCAAAGCAGCAGCCAAAGAAGUCAGGACAAAUCUUCAGGACUUGUGAAAUGAACUGAAAGAGCUUGAAGCAGAUGGAAUUUUAAUAGUUAUACUAUAUUUGCUCUUAUCUUAGUAGGUUUUUUCUUGUAAUGGAAACAUAACUGUUAGUAUAUUUCUUAGUAUGUUUUUCUUGUCUUUUUAAAUUCUUAUUUCACUCAUCCUUUACUCUCCCCUCAAGUAUUCUACACUUUAAUUUCCUGAAGUAAAUUUAAGCAAGAGGAAAAGGGAAAUAGUAAAGAGGUAGGAAAAUCCCGCAGAAAUUUGUGUUCCUUCUAACUUUUAAAACUACCUAAAAAAUAUAAUUGAUUUAAAUUUUAUCUCAAUGUUCCCCAUUCUUUUAUAUCCCCUUAAAUAGGUACCCAUGAAGAGAUUAUGAGCUACUUGAAGGUGGAGACCAUACAGUGGUGUGUUGGAGCUGGCUUAUAAUGGCUUAUGAGUGACAAUCAUUAGUUUGAGGGAUUUUAUGAGCCAGUUGUCAAGUUGUUGCUAGCUUGAAAUCUGCCACAAUUGGAGCAUUUACACCAUAGACAUUGGUAAAUGCUGUAAGUGAAGACCUACUUUUCCCUCAAGAGCUAGUUGUUAAACCUUUACCAGCAUACUGCUGGACCUUGUCUAAAACUUCUCUGUGUUCCCAGUGUCUUGCCCAGUAGAUACAGGAUAAAUAUUGCCAGAAUCAGAUACCAGGAAGUAGUAAGAAAAGGAGUUAAUAUGCAAACUAAAUCACUCGCUCAGUUGAAUAAUUGAGAUCUUCUGUUCAUUUGUUUCUUGGACCUUAAUCAUUUGCAUUUUGGAGAAAAUUUUUUCUGCUUUAAAAGUCUGUAAUUUCACUUUCUUGUGUCGGGGAGAGGGAAAAACUCUUUGUCUAUAGUUGCUUUUUGUGAUGAAGUGAAUACCCAAUGGGCUAAGUUGCAUAUCUAAAGCUUGUCACUAAGAAUUUUCAUUUUUAGCGGUCAAAAACCUAUUUUGACAAUAGUGUUGUGUGAAUGCUGUAAGUGUUGUAUAUGUCUCUGGUUUCAGAAUUAAAAGAAUUCAGAGUUACCUUGUGAGAUAAAUGUUCUUUGCUUCAUAUUCACAGUUUCACUUUCAUUUAAUUUAUGGGGAAGAAUAAAUGUUUCCUGACUCUCAAACAAUUUUGCCUGUAUACUUCAGUGCAAAUAUAUUUUGAAGUUACUUUUAAAUCUUUAUUUAAAACCUCUGUUUCUGUAACUGUGUUAAAUGUAUUCUUCUGUAAUGAGAAUAGACUGGAACAUGUGAGGGAAAAAUAUCAAAAACAGAUGGCAGUCAUCUAGGCAUGUAAAAUGCCAAGAAUGUCUUAGAAUUGCACAAUUUAGAAUUUAUAGAGCCUUUAAUCACCUUGUCUAGCACCUUGUAUUAGUGCAUUUUCAUGCUGCUGAUAAAGACAUACCUGAGACUGGGCAAUUUACAAAAGAAAGAGGUUUAAUGGACUUACAGUUCCACAUGACUGGGGAGGCCUCACAAUCAUGGUGGAAGGCAAAGAGGAGCAAGUCACAUCUUACAUGGAUGGCAGCAGACAAGGAGAGAGAGUUGUGCAGGGAAACUCCCAUUUUUAAAACCAUCAGAUCUGGUAAGACUUACUAUCCCAAGAACAGCAUGGGAAAGACCUGCACCCUUGAUUAAAUUAUUUCCCACCAGGUCCCUCCCACACAUGGAAUUAUGGGAGCUACAAGAUGAGAUUUGGUGGAGACACAGAACCAAACCAUAUCACACCUUAAGGUCAUGGUCAUGUAGCUAGUUAUCUUGUAAAACCAAUGUUUCUUAGUUCAUAUUUACAACUGCAAUUUCAAUUUCAUUUAUAAAAGAAUAAAUGUUUCUUAAUUGAA